AUGGAUAAAAAAUUUGUUUGCCAAAUGACAAGUCCUGAGGUAAGUAAACAACUUGGAAAUCACAUAGUAAAUUUUGUUAACUGUCCAGAUAAAAGAUUAAAACCUUUUGAAGGUGUGUUAGUACAAGAGAAUGGUAUUACUAGAUUGGAGGCAACUAUAAACAAUUAUAUUACCCAAAGUACACUUAUAAGUUAUUUUAAGGCACAAUUGGGAGCAUUGGAUAUUAAAAAUAAUUAUGAAAUAUAUGCAUUGGUAGUUAACAGAAAAUAUACCAAUGUUGGUGCCUUGGUAGAAGAAAAUAAAACAUUUUCUGUUAGGUAUAUUAAGGGAAUAUGUAAAAAUAUAUUUAUUGAUGCCUAUAAGAACAAAUAAAAAUUGGAAAAAAAUGGGUUUUGUAUUCUUACGGAACUAAAGACAAUAAAUUAUAAAUUCUUAUCUUAUCCCUGAAAGAACCUAUAAUAUCUCUAGAAGCAAAUGGAUUAGAAAGUUAUAAAGGAAACAGUUUUCCUAAAAUUUGUAAAUUAAAUCAUCAUAAGGAGGUUAUGGUUCACAAAGAUAAUUAUUUAAAAUAUAUCAGAGUUUUAGCAGAAAAUGAAGAAAUAAUAGAGUCUAAUAAGAAGGGAAAAAUUCUAGAGGAAAUUAAAGUUAAUGAUCGCAAACGUUUAGAGAUAUUUAGGGAAGACAAAAAAUGUAUAAUUGACAUAAUAACAACAACAAAAUGGCAUGAGGAAACUAAAUAUGUAUUCACUUUAGAAAAUAUGGAGGGUCUUUCCAUAUCAACUUUUUGGAUGGAAAAUUGA